GGAGAAUGGCGACCAGCCGAGCAAGGAGGAGAAGAGAAGGGAGGAGGGAAACGGGACACAAAUAAAACCUCAUGUAUGAACGCGGACCAAAAACAGCACUGAAGACACGCAGAGGAAGACAAGACGAAGAAAAAAAGACUUAAAAAAGCUGCUUCGAACAAGUUACGCUGGACGUUUAUCCAGAGGCGCCCGACACGAAGGUCUACUGUCCUUCCCCGUUUUCCUUGAACGAACGAGCCAAGCAUGCCUGUUGUGUCUGCGAGCACGGAUAUACACGAGACUCUGGCCCUGCUGACUUCUCAUCUGCACCCUAAUGCCAACCACAAGGAGAACUUGGGCUUCCUCAAAGAUGUCUUCAGUGAGAAGAGCCUUGGCUACCUCAUGAAGAUCCACGAGAAACUGAAGCUGUAUGAGAAGCAGAGCCCGACUCCGGUUUUCCACAGCGCUUCCUGUCUGGCGGAUGACCUGAGCGAGGAACUCCAAAACGGGCUUCUGGAGGAGGACGAGAGAGAGCUGUUGCUUCUGCUGGGCACGCCUCACCUUAAGGCCGUGCUGUCGGCGCACGACACGGUGGCCCAGAAGAACUUUGACCCGGUACUGCCUCCCCUGCCAAAAGACUUGGACCACGAGCUGGACGAAGAGUCGGUCAAAAUCGUCCGACUGGUCAAGAACAAGGAACCUCUGGGAGCGACCAUCCGUCGAGACGAGUCCACCGGCGCCGUGGUGGUGGCGCGCAUCAUGAGGGGCGGAGCCGCCGACCGCAGCGGUCUGGUGCACGUCGGGGAUGAGCUGCGGGAAGUCAAUGGCAAUUUGAUAACCCACAAAAGGCCUGAUGAAAUCAGCCACAUUCUGUCGCAGUCUCAAGGAUCUAUUACGUUGAAAAUCAUCCCGGCCGUCGUGGAAGACGACAAGAUGAAGGAAAGCAGGGUUUACAUACGCGCUCUGUUCGACUACGUCCCCUUGGAGGACCGGGCGGCGCCCUGCCAGGAGGCGGGCCUUCCUUUUAAGCGAGGGGACAUCCUUCAAGUGGUGAGCCAGGAAGACGCCACCUGGUGGCAGGCUAAGAAAGUGGGGGACUCCAACCUGAGAGCUGCGCUCAUCCCCUCUGCGCACUUCCAGGAGAGACGCCUGCGCUACCGACUGAAGACGAGCUCCUUCCCACUCUGCGCAUCCCCUAAUGUCAUCAAAUACCAUCCGGCUCAUGCAGAUGAGGUCGACUACACUAAAGACGGAGCCGGCACGCGCCGAAGUUUCCGCAUGAAGAGGGAGCGACAGAGUUCACCGGGAGACGAUUUCUACGAUUUCCACAUCUACGAAGAAGUUGCGCUUUACGUGCCUCGACCUGGGGACAGGCCCAGACUGGUGGUGCUGCUCGGUGGGUGGCGUCGCACGACUACGCGCUCCGGAGCUGAGGGAUUUAGUGUAUUUUGUUCAGGUUCGCUGGGAAGUCGCACAGCAGAGCUGAAACAGAAGAUGAUCGCAGACAAGCCCAAAAUCUACGGAUUGGCCGUCCCACACACGACCCGACCGAGGAAGAGCCACGAGCGCGAGGGGGUGGAGUAUCACUUCAUCACCAAAGCUCAUUUCCAGGCCGACAUCCACAACGGCAAGUUCAUCGAAUACGGAGAAUAUAAAGACAAUUUGUACGGCACCGGCCUGGAGUCCAUUCACAGAACUCUGCUUCAGAACAAGAUGUGCCUUGUGGACGUGCAACCGGAGGCCUUGAAGGUUCUUCGCACGUCGGCCUUCAAGCCUUUCGUCGUCUUUGUGAGACCGUCCCUCCUGGAGAGCGAGAUGAAAUCUUUCAGCUCGUGCUCGUCGCUCGUCAGCGUCGCCGUCACGGAGCACGAUCUCCAAGACAUGAGGCAGUCGGCCGAGCAGUUGGAGCAGCGGUACGGCCACUUGUUGGACCACAUCCUGGUGAAGGAAGAAACUUCCGGCGCCGCCGCCCAACUGGACGCCGUCUUGGAACGUUUGCGACUGGAGCCUCAGUGGGUCCCCGCGUCCUGGCUCCGGACCUGAGAAGACUACCUCGUUGUUGCCAAACUCUCCACUUUUUCGUUGGUUAGAACUCCAUGUGCCAAAACACACUUUUCAAGAGGAAAAGCUUGUCAGAAAUGCGCACAGAAUCAUUCAGUGGCAGCUACUCAUCCAUUCUUUGUUGUUAAUAAAAAGUUGUUUUUUGAAACCGCUUCUUGUUUGGGCAAUCCAUUUAUUUUAGGACAAAAGCAACAAUUAGAAAGCAGGCAAAUAUACACGUGACCGCAAAACGUCGAG